GGACUCCAUCGCUGACAUCUCUUAAUUAACCUCUACAUUUUAUAAAUUCCUGGAAAAGUAAACAGAAAUAGUGGAUUGAAGAAAAAGUAGCGAGAGAGAGUUGAACAAGAAGAAGAAGAUGCCUUUAACCAAAUUUUUGAGUAUCAUCACUGUUUCUCUCGUUUUUAUCAUCUUUCUUGCAGUAUACGCAACGUUGUUCAACAACGUUUGUUCAGACACUGGAAACAUCAAAAGAAGUAAGUUCAGAUACGAAAGUUACGACGAUAGCUAUGAAGCUAGAAGCAGCCAGGUCACUAAUCCUAUCCUCAGCCGCCGCAACACCAACCCAUUUACCAAACCGGUCAAAGUUCUCCGCUGCACCACCACUUCGUGUUCAAAAUCUUCAUGUCUUCAUCAAAAUUCUUCAGAUGAUUCAUCUCCAUUUCCUUCUGAUUUCCUCUUUGGCACAUCAUCUUCUGCUUAUCAGUAUGAAGGUGCGUACUUAACCGAUGGAAAAGGUUUGAACAAUUGGGAUGUCUUUAGCCAUGAAAACCCUGGGAGAAUAAUGGAUGGGGGCAAUGGAGACAUAGCUGUUGAUCAAUAUAAUCGAUACAUGGAGGAUAUCCAAUCAAUGAAAUAUCUUGGCGUCAACAGUUACAGACUUUCAAUAUCUUGGUCUAGAGUCUUACCUAAAGGGAGACUUGGAGGCCUAAACCAUUUGGGCAUAAAACAUUACAACAUGUUGAUCGACGCUCUCAUUAGAAAUGGGAUUACGCCAUUUGUGACGUUGAACCAUUUCGACUAUCCUCAAGAACUUGAGAACCAGUUUAAAAGCUGGUUAAGCCCUGAGAUGCAGAGAGAAUUCGGGUACUUAGCUGAUACAUGUUUCAAACAUUUUGGAGAUCGAGUUAAACACUGGAUAACGAUAAACGAACCAAAUCAACAAAUAAUCUUAAGCUAUCUAAAGGGUGUGUUUCCACCAAACCGGUGCUCUAUGCCGUUCGGAAACUGUAGUCAGGGGAAUUCAGAAACUGAGCCUUUUAUAGCUGCACAUAACACAAUCCUGGCACACGCAAAGGCAGUACAAAUAUACCAAACCAAAUAUAAGAAAGAACAAAAAGGAAGCAUCGGUAUUGUGGUACAAACAUCAUGGUUUGAACCAAUAAGCGAUUCCAUUGCAGAUAAGAAUGCUGCAGAGAGAGCUCAGUCAUUUUAUUCUAACUGGAUUCUAGAUCCCGUUGUAUAUGGGAAAUAUCCUGAAGAAAUGGUGAAUCUACUUGGAUCAGCUUUGCCGCAAUUUUCCAAAAACGAAAUUAAAAACCUUAAAAGAUAUAAAUCAGAUUUUUUGGGCAUUAAUCACUAUACAAGUUACUUCAUCCAAGAUUGUUUAAUCUCUGCUUGUAAUUCUGGAGAUGGAGCUUCUAGAAGUGAAGGAUUCGCACUGAAAUUAAUCCAGAAAGGCAAUAUUCCAAUCGGAGAAGUUACCGACGUAAGUUGGUUGAACAUCGAUCCUGAAGGAUUCCGAAAGAUGUUGAACUAUCUAACAGAAAGAUACCCCAACAUACCAAUUUUCAUCACCGAAAAUGGUCUCGGAGAGUUACAAAAACCUGAGACAACUGUAAAAGAACUUCUAAAUGAUACAAAAAGGGUACGCUACAUGAGUGGAUAUUUGGGUGCUUUGAGAGCAGCAAUGAGCGAUGGAGCAAAUGUGAAAGGUUAUCUCGCAUGGUCGCUAUUAGAUAAUUUUGAGUGGUUGUAUGGAUACAAACUUCGAUUUGGACUAUUCCACGUGGACUACACAGCUCUCAAAAGAACGCCAAAGAAAUCAGCUUAUUGGUACAAGAAGUUCAUUGAACACCAUGGUAGUAAAGGAAAUCUUGCAGAUAAAAAAUAAAGAUGUCAAAAUUAGGAAAGAUUUAAUUGAAAAUCUUUUGAUUAUUAAUGUUUUGGAUUGUACAUUAAACAUAAUAUUAUAUGGAAAAUAUGCUAUAAUAAGAAAUUUCAGCUC